AUGGCAGAGAAGAGCAAGAGAAGGAGGAACACGAGGAUGAGGUUUGAGCUUUUCUUGCUUCUUCUGGGCCUCCUGCUGUGUGUGGUUGGCACAGCUGCACAGGAGGACCCACCUCCCAGUGAAGAAUUCCUGGUAGAGAUUUCUGGAACUACAGUGACUAUCACAUGUCCUGUGACUGAAGGCACCAUAACCUGGGAUCCAGCUGUAAUAAAACCAUCUGAUGAUGAGACAAAAUACAUCAUAGAGGAUUAUGACAGCUCCCCUCUCAAUUUGAGUUGCUCAUCAGGUGGCAAGAAGUACGCUAUGUACCUGAAUGCCAGAGUGUGCGCAAACUGUGAGGAGUUGGAUGCUUUAGCUGUCACAGGGAUCGUCGUUGCAGACCUUCUCAUCACCCUUGGGGUGCUGAUUCUGGUCUAUUACUUCAGCAAGGACAGGAAGGGGAAAACAAGCACUGGUGCAGGCAGCCGACCGCGAGGUCAGAAGAUGCAGCAUCCUCCUCCUGUUCCCAACCCAGACUAUGAGCCUAUCCGGAAGGGCCAGCGGGAAGUGUAUGCAGGCCUGGAACCCAGGGGCUUCUGAAACUCCCAUGGACGACAAGCUGGAAAAGAGCGGCGGAGAGGCCAAGAGCUUCUGGCCCGC